ACGAGCCCUCUGUGCGCAUGCGUGCCUGGACGUCGCUGACACCGAGCAGAAAAGGCCGAGACGAUGGAGGACGAGAAUUUUCCUUAUGCACCUUCAGGACCGGAGGCGGUAAAUAAGAUGAUAAAGGAGCAUGGCGACCUGUUUUCCGACUCCCAGUGUAAAGUCUGCAAUGCGGUCCUAAUUUCGGAGUCUCAGAAGUUAACUCAUUAUCAGAGCAAGAAGCAUGCCAACAAAGUGCGCCGGUAUUUUUCCAACAAAGAUGACUCACAGCCAGCAUCAAAGAAGAUCAAGGACCCAACAUCUGACAGUGUGGACUGUAACAAUGGUGACACUGACCGGACAAAGGUGUGUGGUCUAUGCAACAUGACUUUCUCAUCCCCCGUUAUGGCCGAGUCUCAUUACCAGGGCAAAGUUCAUGCCAAGAAUCUUCGGCUGAAAACAGCACAAGAUGCCUCCCAGACAGCACCAACAUCUGAGCAGAAGAAAUCUGUUGGCGAUUCAAGUGGCGGUGAAGGAAAUAGCGGAGACCACUUCUGCUCCAUGUGCAAAGCCUCCUUCAACAACCCAGUUAUGGCUCAGCAGCACUAUGAUGGCAAGAAACAUCGAAAACAGAUGACCAAAGUCAAGUUGUUGGAGACUUAUGGCCCUUCCACACCAGCUUCCACACUGAAAGGUUACCCAUGCACCCUCUGCAAAAUUGAGCUCAAUUCUGUGGAUCAGUACCAGUCUCAUAUCACAGGCGCGAAACACAAGAAUCAAAUGAAGAAGUCUGGCAUGAACCCUGACAAUAACCAGCAGGCAGCAGAGCAACCACAUGGUGAUAACAACAAUCGCGACACCACCGAGGAUGACCAGUGUGCUGCUGACAAUGAGCUGUUUGCUGGUGAAGACAACCAGUACAUGGUGGGUGGCGACCAGUACACCACUGGAGGAGAAGAUUACAAUGUUGAAGGCAACCAGUACGCUGCUGAUGACAUCAGCUACUCACAGGAGUAUCAUUAUACCUGAAGCUGGACUGACAGGAACCGCAGAGGUUUCAGUCAGAACUUGGAGUGACACACAACAACCAGCCCCUUUAAGAACCAUAAGUCUCUUUGUGUUUAGCGUGUUUUCAUAGGAUUACUCAAGCUCCAGACAGUUUCUGAUGAAAGCAGUGUGGUUAACUCAUUCCUAUAAUUGACACUACCUGACCCCCCCCCCCCC